AUGUGUGACAAUAAUUUUUCAAGUAAGCUAGCAGACAUACCAUUCGCUAAGCCUGGUUUCGACUCACUUACAAUGUCAGCACCACUUUUGGUUCAAAUGAAUCCUGAAGGCAGAUGGGAGAACAAAAAGCCAGAGAGUUUAGAUGAAGAACGCCUUCAAGCCGUUGUGCAGUACUUAGUUGCUAGCAAAGCGCUUUCAGCUGCUGAAAGCUAUUGCUGCCAGUGUGCUGCAGAAAGUGUGAAAGAGGGUGAAAACCCCAAAUACGUGCCUGUGAUAAUGAUGCCAAUCUGUCCAGCUGAUCAAUGCCCUUUCGAUAUGGAAUGCGAGUUACAGAAAAUAAAGGAAACCGAAACAAAACCAACUAAACUAGCGCGGAAGGCUUUACAAUCAAAAGAGACUGAGAAAGACCAUGAUAAAAAGAAGACAAAGAAACGUGGAUUUGUUUUGCAACGACUAACAGAUUUCGAUUUAUUGUCUCAAUGGUAA